AUGUUCAGCAAUUCCUAUCAAAGUGGCUUCCUGUCUAUUUUCUAUAGCUGUGGCUCAUCACCAUUAGCUCUAUGGGAUAUGAAAAUACAGAAUGGUUAUGUAAAGCGAGUUACGGAUGAAGAAGUAAAGUCAUUGGCAUUAGAAAUAGUUGGCACCAAUGUGGCGACAACAUAUAUUUAUUGUCCUGCCGAUUCGAAAAAAGUGCUGGGCAUUAAGUUACCUUUCCUUAUCAUGAUUAUUAAGAACUUGAAGAAGUACUUCACGUUUGAAAUAACAAUUUUGGACAAUAAGAAAAUGCAUCGAAGAUUUCGCGUGAGCAAUUUCCAAAGCACAACAAAAGUGAGACCAUUCUGUACCACGAUGCCCAUAGGAUUAUCUGGUGGUUGGAAUCAGAUUCAAUUCAAUCUAGCGGAUUUCACGAGGAGAGCAUAUGGUUCAAAUUAUGUUGAAACUAGCAGAAUGCAAAUUCAUGCGAACUGUAGAAUACGGAGGAUAUAUUUCGCAGACAGACUGUAUGCAGAGGAUGAAAUGCCCGAAGAAUUCAAACUGUUCUUGCCAAUUCAUCCUAAGAAAUGCAAUCGACAAAAAAAAGAAGUGACAUCCGAAGUAAAUGCUACACCAGCUGAUAAAUCACCAAUGUUUAAUGUUGGAGAUUCAAAUGCACCACAGCUAGAUGUUUCAACAAUACAGGUUGAAUCCUUGGUUACCGAAACCAAAGAAUCUACCAAACAAAAUGAAAUUCAACCGAUCCAAGAAGUAGAAUCCAAGACAGAUGAAAUUUUUGAAACGGAAGAACCAAUUGAAGAGAACGCAACUUAUGAAGAACCGAAUACUUCUGUGAAAAUAAGUAUACCUGUAGAAUCCACAAGUGCAUUGCAUGAUGAACAAGAAACGGAGAUAUCGGAUAUGGAAGACAUGCUAUCCGAGGAAGAAGGCUAA